CAAAAUGGCGUCCGUUUUGUUUCGAAGUGGUCGACAAGCAGACAAAUUACUAAUUCAAAAUGCAUCUAGGAUUCUAGGUGCAACAUCCAAUCCCUCUCAGAGAAAUCUUUCAAUUCAUGAACAUCUUGGUUUUGGUUUGUUGUCUGAGGCUGGAGUUUCUAUUCCUCGUUACCGAGUAGCCAGUUCUCCUGGUCAAGUUCAAGACUAUGCUAAAGAAUUAGCAAAAUUAUCAAAAACGCCAGAUGUAGUUCUAAAAGCACAAGUUUUGGCGGGAGGUCGAGGUAAAGGAUCCUGGGAUAGUGGAUUAAAGGGUGGUGUAAAACUUGUCUUCAAUGAUGAGGAAGCUAAAGAAAUCUCGGGGAAAAUGUUAGGACAUAAAUUACACACGAAACAAACAGGUGCCGAGGGUAGAAUCUGUAAUGAGGUCAUGGUAGUUGAAAGGUUAUAUCCCAGAAGAGAGUUUUAUUUCGCUAUCGCCAUGGAACGCAGUUAUCAUGGACCAGUGUUAGUAGGGAGUUCCCAGGGUGGUGUUAAUAUAGAAGAAGUAGCACAAGAAAACCCAACAGCUAUUGUCAAAGAACCGGUAGAUAUCACAAGAGGUAUCCAUAAAGACCAAGCUAUAUUCCUAGCUAAAGAAAUGGGAUUCAGUGAUAACUGUAUUGAUCAGGCAGCUGAGAUUAUGUUAAAGUUAUAUACUGAUGUGUUUUUAAAGUGUGAUUCCACAAUGUUAGAGAUUAACCCCAUGUCAGAAGAUGCCAAUGGAAAUGUUUAUUGUAUGGAUUGUAAAUUGAAUUUCGAUGACAAUGCUUUCUACAGACAGAAGAAAAUAUUUGAUAUGAAAGAUUGGACUCAAGAGGAUCCACGAGAUAAACAGGCUGCUGAGGCCGAUUUGAAUUAUAUUGGUUUAGAUGGUAACAUUGGUUGUCUAGUAAAUGGCGCUGGUUUAGCCAUGGCAACAAUGGAUAUAAUAAAACUACACGGAGGAAACCCUGCCAAUUUUCUGGAUGUCGGAGGCGGGGCCACGUCAGAUCAAGUUAAAGAAGCUUUUAGUCUCAUCACCUCUGACCCAAAUGUGGAUGCAAUUUUAGUGAAUAUUUUCGGUGGAAUUAUGAGAUGUGAUGUUAUAGCUCAGGGAAUUAUUCAGGCUGCUGAAGAACUUGACUUAAACCGAACUAUUAUAGCUCGGCUACAAGGAACUAGAGUAGAUGAUGCCAAGGCCCUGAUAGCAGCCAGUAAUUUAAAAAUUUUACACUGUGAUGAUUUAGAAGAAGCAGCCAAGCGGGCAGUCACUGUAUCAAAAAUGGUGAAAACAGCUCGGAAAGAUGGAAUACAUAUUCAUUUUGAAUUACCCCUGUAAAUACUGUAAUUUAUAAAUAUUGUUUCUAAAACUAUUAAUAUAUCAAAAGAUAAAACCCUGUGUCAGU